CUGUUCGAUUCAAAUAAACAGAUUAACAUGCAAUUGCUUUUCAAUCAGUCGAGCUGAGCUAGCAAGAUGAUGAACAACAUUUGCAGAGUGUGCGGAAGGCAGAAGGUCUGCAAAAGAAGCGUGAAUCUAUUUGAUUUGGUCAAUAGGAAAUAUCUAAGGCACUUGGAAUUGAUAAGCGGACUGAGGUUAGAAGCACAGGAAAAUGCUCCAGAGUUCAUGUGUCUCUGCUGCCAAUUAGAUCUCAGAUCGGUAUUGGCAUUCCGUAAUUUGUGCAUCAAGACCCAAAAGAAGUGGCUGACCACCGCUGAAGACUCCUCGUCUAGUGAGUCGCAAAGUGAAGGGAGUGUCAAGGCGAAACCUGAGUUGGAACUGCAAAAAUGUGCCAAAGUCAGCGAUUUUCGGGAGAGUGACGAUGAUAGAGUGCUGGAAGAAACGUUUCAAAUACUGAUUGAAGAGGAGCCCUUGGAUGACAAUCUGAUAUGUGAUAUAGAGGGGCCAGAGGGAGCGGAUUGUAGCCAAAGAGGAAAAGAUAACGUCUCCGUCCCCACUCAAAAGAUUCCGAAAACCACUAACAAAUCCAAGCCCGUUCAUAAGAUUUACAAAUGCGAACUGUGCGGAACCCCAUUCGUCUCCAGAUCAACUUUCCUGCGCCACAUGAGAAAGCACGCAGGCGAACGUCCAUUUAGCUGCAAGGAAUGUGAUGCGAGGUUUCUUUCCGCUGCGGAACUGCGGGCUCAUCUUCAUGUCCACACUGGUGGGCAACCGUUUGCCUGUCGCUAUUGCGAGAGGAAGUACGUCAGCUAUAUGGGUCGGAUGAAUCAUGAGAGGACUCACACCAACGAGCGACCCUAUGUCUGCGAAGAAUGCGGCAAGACCUUUUCCUAUUCGAACGUCCUGAAAAAACACAUGGUCAUUCACACGGGCGAAAGGGAUUUCCGAUGCGACCUUUGCGAUCGCUCCUUUCAGAGAAAGGAACACCUAGUAGUGCACUUUCGAUCGAUGUUCCACCGCCAAAAUGUCGAAAGAAAGAAAAUCAAUGGCACAGAAGCUUCAUCUUGAUAGCGUCCUUACAUUUUUGAUGCAACUUCGCUUAGCACAGAAUAAUAACAGUUUUCUAGUUUGCUACUUGUUUCACAAAAAACUUAAUUUUUUACGAUAUUAAAGACA